GCCGGAGACAUCCGCCCGGGCCCACUUCCGGGAGGAAGUGACGCGCCCAGUCAGCUUCCGGACGGGGAAGCUCGGCCCCACCUCCACGCCGGGCACCUUAAAGGGACCGCGACCCCCAGGAGGAUUGAAGGAGACCGGGAGGCUGCCGGCGUGGACCGUGGGAAGGCGGGGCUGGGGCUCGGCGGGAGGCCACCCCCGCAGCCGCCCCGGGAUGAGCGCGCCCAGCAGCUGCUGGACGCGGUGGAGCAGCGGCAGCGGCAGCUCCUGGACACCAUCGCCGCCUGCGAGGAGAUGCUGCGGCAGCUGGGCCGCCGGCGCCCGGAGCCGGCUGGUGGCGGGAACGUCUCAGCCAAAGCCGGAGCGCCUCCCCAGCCAGCUGUCUCCGCCCGAGGUGGCUUUCCAAAGGAUGCUGGCGAUGGAGCUGCGGAGCCCUGACCAUCCCUGAUGGGCGCCCUGACUUCUCUCCCUCCCGGGGCUGGUGGCUGGACUCUGAACAACCCCCUUCAAUAAAGGGGCCAGUCUUCACCAGCAGUGGCUGGUACUUGGCUCUCGGCCUGGGGUGGCCGCUCUGCUAGCAGCUGGGUUUCACUCCCACUUCAUCCUGGCUGAAGGCAGUGCUGAGCUUUGAAAUGUAGCCAAGGAAUACCCAGUCUGAUGACCCGGAUUUGGGCAAGACCAGCAGUGCUCUCCAGAGUGGUCUGACCUGCUUUGGGGGAUCCAGGUGGUGUUACAUGUCCAUUUCAUGCUUUGGGGGCUCCUAGCGCCACCAAACACUUUUAGCAGAGCCUUGAUUAAAAGGAAACCUGCAGACUCUC